AGAAGGCCUGUUGAUCGUCUUGCUCUGAAAGAAGUCUUUUUUGUUGUGUUUUCUUUAAUAUGAAUCCAAAAAAAGGAAAAACGGCAUCGUCUUUUUACACGAUUCUCAUUAAACCCCGCUAAAGAACCAAAUGGAGUGCUUCUUGGUGGACGGAUGAGAAAGUGUUUAGCUACCUGUAUAGCUGAGUUACUGCUAAAAGUGACAGUGCUUAGCGAGGCCAGGACAGUAAAAAGACGUCCCACGCAGAAAAGACAACGGAUAAAGACAACUUCUGAGCCAUGGACAACAAAGAUAAUGGACAGAAGGCAAGUGAUGAGCAAUCAAAUAAGGACAUGGAUCAAAAUACAGUGCACUACGUCCGUUCCGUAGCCUCACGGUCAUCUGCGUGCUCCUCAGUCAGUUUGGCCGCAGCGAAAGCAAGAGCUAAGGCUGAAGCAGCUAAAGCUAAAUUGGAGUUUCAUGAUAAAGAGACAUAUAUUCAGAUUGAGAAGAUAAAACUUGAAGCAUCACUGCGUGCACUCACUCUACAAAAGGAAGUUACAGCUGCUAAUGCUGAAGCAAAAGUAUUUGAGGCAGUAGCAGCAGACAUAGAAGAAGGAAAAUACAGUGAGACAUCCGAGCGCAGCCCUGUAGCCAUACAAACACUGAAAAGGACAGAAGACUAUGUAAAAGAGCAGUCAUCUUACUUCAGUCAGUACGACUACAAGGAUGAAGGGACUCACUCACACCCACCUAACACUAUGCCCAAAGCUGUUAACGUGCAACAAUAUACAGUACCUAUGCCUGCUGCUGUAACCACGCAACAACACGCAGCAUCAGAUGAAUUCAAGUCUCUUCCCAUUCAUCAGCCAGACAUGACAGGAGGGCAUGUUGAACAAUCCCCCAACUUUAAUUCUUACUAUGGAGGUGACACAAUGCACAAUGUUAAUGUGGAAACUGCUGUUCCUAGCUCUAAUGUAAACUCAGGAAAUCCCACAUUUGAUCUGGCAAGGUUUUUAGCACGCAGCCAAGUCAUAACAUCUGGUCUGGUCAAAUUUGAUGACACUGCAGAACAUUAUCAAGCAUGGCGAGCUUCAUUCAUCAGUGCUAUAGAGCCACUAGGGCUGACACCUAGUGAAGAAGUUGAUCUGAUGGUGAAAUGGCUUGGCAAGGAGUCAGGUGAGCAUGCGGCCAGAAUAAGAGCAGUUAAUGUUAACCGGCCUAUGGAUGGACUAAAAGCAAUAUGGGCAAGACUGGACAAAAUAUAUGGCUCACCAGAGGCAAUUGAAAAUGCUCUUUUCUCAAGACUUGAAGCUUUUCCCAAAAUCCAAUCCCGAGAUAACCACAAACUUCAAGAGCUAGCAGAUCUUCUACAAGAGCUCCAGAUUGCAAAGCAAAGUGACAAGUUGUGUGGUUUGGCCUAUUUGGACACGGCUAGAGGUGUCCGGCCAAUUGUAGAGAAGCUCCCCUACCCUCUACAGGAACGCUGGAUGUCACAAGGUUCUAGAUUUAAAAAAGAAUAUAAUGUGUCUUUCCCACCAUUCUCCUUCUUCAAAGAAUUUGUGUGCACAGAAGCUGAAGUAAGGAAUGAUCCAAGUUUUAAGACUCUCUCACUCACGUGUGCUCCUCAGAGAAAGGAGAAAUGUGCUCCAGUCAGACACCCAGUUGCUGUCAAUAAAACAAAUGUCACACAAGAUCAAAUAAGCACUCCUGUCAAAUUAACAGAGAAAAUUCCUGUUAACCCAGAAAAACAAUGCCCUAUCCAUAACAAACCACACCCGUUGAGUAAGUGCAGAGGAUUUGUUAAAAUGACUCUUGAUGAACGCAAAAAACUUCUCAAAGAACACAUGAUCUGCUAUCGCUGCUGUGCUUCUACAAGUCAUAUGGCCAAAAACUGUCAAGCUCCAAUCAAAUGUUUGGAAUGUGCAAGUGACAGACAUGUUAGUGCCAUGCAUUUCAGUAGAACAAGCGCAGUUCAAUCCUCAAGUCAGCCCCCACCGUGUGCAGAGGCGGGGAGGAAGAGACAAACAGGAAAUAAGCUCAAACUGCACUAA